AUGAUGAAGAGUUUUCUUGUAGCUGUGAAUCUUUUGGCAUUAACUUUGCCUUUUUUGGCUGCUCAAGUUCAAUACCAGGAACCAGCAUGCCAGAAGAAUGAUGGAAGACUGUAUGAACAGAAGAAAGCCUCACAUACCCCCAUGCGUUACUUGCUAAAUAACAUCCCCCUGUUUCAGCCCAACUAUUACCAACGUAGACCAGUUGUGCCAAUGAACAGCCCAUACAUAUCCUUUCCACAUUAUGCAGUUAACAAUCUGCCUUACCCAUAUUAUGCACAAAUAAUCGUACUUGGGCCAUAUGGCCAAAUCCCCAAAUGGCCAGCCCUGCCAAAUAUCUUUCAGCCUACGACAGCACACCAAACACACCAACAUCCAUCAUUCCUUGCCACGACCCCAAAGAAAAAUCAGGAUGAGAAGGCCAUCCCUACUAUCAAUACCAGUGCUGCUGUUGAGCCCACGCUCGUUCCUGCUACUGAGGAAGCAGCACACGUCGUGGAGAUUACAGAAACUUCCUCAGAGCUUGUCAACACUCCUGAGACAACUGUGGUCCCAGUUACUCCAACUGUGGCAUAA